CUCGCUUCCCGCUAGCAGCCCGGCCGCGCGCUCCUCGGGGACGCCAGCAGCCAGCCGAGAGGACUCCGCGAGUGCGUGCCUGAGGCCACCCUGAGGAUCGGGGACAGCUACCCCUUUGGGCUCAGAAACUCCGCUGAGCAGAACUUGCCGCCAAAAUGCUCCUCCUGCUGCUGGGUAUCAUCGUGCUCCACGUGGCCGUGCUGGUGCCGCUGUUCGUCUCCACGAUCGUCAGCCAAUGGAUCAAGGGCAAUGGCCAUGUGACUGACCUCUGGCAGAACUGUAGCACCUCCUCGGGCCACAUCCACCACUGCUUCUCAUCAUCGGCAAACGCAUGGCUGCAGUCUGUCCAGGCCACCAUGAUCCUGUCCGUCGUCUUCAGUGUCAUAUCGCUGUUCCUGUUCUUCUGCCAGCUCUUCACCCUCACCAAGGGGGGCCGGUUUUACCUCACUGGAUUCUUCCAAAUCCUUGCUGGUCUGUGUGUGAUGAGCGCAGCGUCCAUCUACACGGUGAGACACACCGAAUGGCACUACAGCUCUGAUUACACCUAUGGAUUCGCCUACAUCCUGGCCUGGGUCGCCUUCCCCCUGGCUCUGCUCAGCGGUGUCAUCUACGUGAUCUUGCGGAAGCGCGAAUGAGGGGCCCGGACAGUUCGUCUGAGGCCCUGAGCAUGCACAGGGGAGGGAGGAGGGAAACCUGAAAAGAGAAACAAACAAACACAAAAAGUUAGCCAAAAGACCCAAACUCAAAUCAAACCAAACCAAACAGAAAGCAGUUGGGGGGCGGGGUUAGUGUUGAUUGAAGAUGUAUAUAAUAUCUACGGUUUAUAAAACCUAUUUAUAACACUUUUUACAUAUAUGUACAUAGUAUUGUUUGCUUUAUAUGUUGACCAUCAGCCUUGUGUUGAAACCUUAAAGAAGUAGCUAAGGAACUUCACAUCCUAACCGUAUUAUCAAGCUCAAUAUUUUUGUUCUGUUUUUUGUUUUUUUGGUUUUACCCAGAAAUAAAAUGAUUCCAUCUCUCCCCUUCCCUUUCAUCUGAAAGAAGAUACCUCCCUCCCACUCCACCUCAUUUAGAAAACCAAAGUGUGGGUAGAAAGCCUGAAUGGCCCAAAGCCCUCUCCGUGUGGUGGCCCGGUUCUCGCAGAGGCCGGCUCUGCCCACAUGCCCCAUGCGCGCAUGGGUGAAACCCUCAAACUGGAGCCCUCGGCAAAAUCACGGCUGUGGCUUUGGAAUACUCGCCCUUGAGGGUGGGUGUCCUGGCCACACCUCUAGAUGAGAAAUCAGUGACAAAAAAAACUAUGAAAUGGUGCUAUGUAUUUACCAUUCCUUAUUAUCACUAAUCUUCUAAACUACUCACUGGAAAUUCAAUUAACAAUCUUACACCGUAAAGUAGAAUGGAGACCUGAAUAAUUCUGUGUAAUAUAAAUGGUUUAUAACUGCUUUUGUACCUAGUUGGGCUGCUAUUACUACCAUAACGAAUGAAUAAUAAACACAGCUUCAUCACUCCCACAGUCUUCUUGCGGUCGGAGCGUCAGGACAAGUCCCUAGACCCCCGAGGCCACGAGUUUCCAGGCUCAGCCGGGUCUAGGCUGUUCUCGGUCUCCAAGGACUGUCUGGCAAUGACUUGUAUUGGCCACCACUGUAGAUGUAUAUAUGGUGCCCUUCUGAUGCUAAGACUCCAGACCUUUUUUUUGCUUCGCUUUUUCUGAUUUUAUACCAACUGUGUGGACUAAGAUGCAUUAAAAUAAACAUCAGAGUAACUCAC